UUAGUAUGACAUUUCUCAUUUCAGCCACCGAAACGAUAACGUUGUUUGUUGUCUAAUAAAUAAUGCUGACAAAAACUUAAUACAGCCAGAGUUACUCCUGUACAACAGUCUGUGCAACGUACGUCAAAAUCCAGAGAAGAAUGUACAAAUCUAAACCACUGUUCGGGACCGCGACUGACAUUGCGGCUGAAGUUGAGAAUGCUACGUCCGAAAAAAAUGUCGAGGAAGAUUGGAGCGUAAUUAUCAGUAUAUGUGACAAGGCUGGGAAAUCGUCUGAGGCGGCCAAGAAUUACUUGAAGUCCAUUUACAAACGAUUAGCCAACAGUGAUCCGCAUAUUGGUGUCAAAGCUGUAACUUUGCUAGAUGCCUGUAUCAAGAACUCGGGCAAAAUUUUUCACAUAGAAGUAGCAUCUAGGGAGUUUGAAACAGAAAUUACCAAAGUCAUAACAAAGGGUCAUGAAAUUGUAUCUAAGAAACUUAGAGAGUCUUUGAAAAGGUGGGCUGAGAAUGAAUUCAAGUCUGACACACAACUAGUCCUCAUACCAACUCUCUAUAGCAAACUCAAGAGUCAAGGUUAUGAGUUCUACACUGAAGAGCCUCCCAAGAAACAAACGCCAAUGAGUCGCGAUCCAAACGUUGUCGAAUCUCAGGAAGAAGAGGAACAGAUUUUGAAAGCCAUAGAAUUAUCACUGAAAGAAUCGUCUGGUAGUCCCAGAACAACCAGCUCAUCCUUGUAUCCAUCAGUGAACAUGAGCUCUGCCUCAGGCACAGCCAGCAGUGCUCCGGCACAACUAAAGGAGAUGAGGAAAGUGAGGGCUUUAUAUGACUUUGAGGCUGCCGAGGAGAAUGAACUCACCUUUACCAGUGGAGAGAUUAUUUGCGUAAUAGACGAUUCGGACGCGAACUGGUGGAAAGGCAGCAAUCAAAGAGGUGAGGGAUUGUUCCCCGCCAAUUUCGUCACUUCUGAUUUGAGCAUGGAACCUGAACAAUUUCUUAUGGAUAAAGCGAAGAAAAUGGUGCAAUUCAAGGACGGCGUCGACUCGAAAUCCGAACCGAAAGAGCCUGAUGUUGUAGAAAUCAAUGAAGGAAAAAUUGACAGGCUGUUACAUUUGUUACACGAAGCCGAUCCAACGAAUCCGGACACGGAUACCGAAGAAAUGCUUAAGUUAGAACGCGAAGUAAAUGGAAUGGGUCCGUUGAUAGACGCUGAACUAGAGAGGGUGGACCGAAAACACGCUCAGCUCACUCAGCUGAGCGCCGACCUCGUUGAAGCCUUGAAUCUUUAUCACACUUUAAUGCGAGAGCCACAAUUCGGACCUCCGGUCACCAAAGUCCCUUACGGAUAUCCGGGAAAUCCCAAUUUACCACCACCAAGCUCUAUGCCAUUCAACGGAUAUACGCAGACAAUGCCGAUGACGCAGGCCCAAGGUGCGAUGGCCGCAGCGCCACCUUCGAUGGGCCACGAGCAACGUGGACCGCCGCCGCCGCAGCAGUUCAUGCCGCCGCCCCACCACAUGCCCGGCUUUCCGCCGCACAUGAUGCCUGGCGGUCCGAAUCCGGGGCAAAUGCCGCCCGGCGUCCAACCACCGCUACCCCACAUGCAUCCGGGGUCUGACGAACGAUCGAGGGCCGUCGAUCCCAGAUUCCAAAAUUUGCCGAAUUUCGGCCAUCAGAACAUGCCCGGACCGAAUUUCCCUCCGUCUCAAGGACCGAUGGCGGGUCCGCCGCAACAAAAUUUGCCGUACAUACCAUCCAGCACGCAUAUAAUGCAAUGAGUUUCUUCGAUCGGGACUGAUUUGUUCGGUCGUAUCCCAGUUCUAACGUGAAACAAGAACUGGUACUGAGGUACGAUUGGAUGGAUAAAAACAGGCUGAUGAGGUUUGAUUUACUAUUAUAAAAUGUAUAAAGACACUUGAUAUUUAUGGUUAAAGAUGAGUUUUAUUAUUGUAUAUUAUUUAUGUGUACUUUCGCCUUCAAGUAGUUUAGAACAGACUUUUGUAAAGGAAAGGCUGAUUUCAGAAUAUUAAUAUAAUAAAUAUGAUUAUGAAAAGUGAUGAGCCACAGAGCUUUGAAUGUUUAUAAAAAAUGUAUAUUAGUUUUAUUAUAGGUUUCGUGUAAUAUUAAUAAUUAAUAAAUUUUAUUAUGAU